AUGUGGCGAGCAGCCGCCUCCCGCCUCCUCCUUCACCAACGGUCAUCCACGGCAGCCGCCACGGCAUUGUACACUCUGCGGAACCUCUGCCAUUUCCCGCCGCCAUCUCCGGCGGAGGCGAAGUUCACGCCGGCGGAGGCUCAACGAAUGGUGCGGCUUGUUGGAGUAGAGCUGCUAAAGAGGCGGCUGCGGGACAGCCCAGACGAGGUGGUAGGCCAUGGCGAGUUUCUCGACGCCUGCGUGGAGGCUGGCGCGGCGUGCACGCGCGGCCAGGCGGAGGAGCUGGCGCAGGCGAUGGACCAGUCGGGCAGCGUGGUGCUCUUCCGGGGAAAGGUCUACCUCCACCCAAAGAAGGUAGUGGACCUGGUUAGAAGUGUUGUGCCGCCUGUACUCGAGAUCGAGAAUGAUGUGAGAAAGGAAGAGUUUGAGCUACUGAAGAAGAAGAAAGAAGAGAUUGACAGGCAUGCGCACAAGCAAGUCAAGCGAAUCCUCUGGUCUGGCUUACUGUUCUUGCAGACCACAUUAGGCCUCACUUUCCGUUUCACGUUCUGGGAGUUCUCGUGGGAUGUUAUAGCGCCGGUCGCCUUCUUCGUGACCAGUUCUGACCUGCUUGUCGGCUAUGCCUAUUUCCUCGUUACCUUACGCAAGCUGUCAUACCGAAGCUACAUGGAGAGGCUGUUUGAAAUAAGGAGGAAGAAACUCUACACCAGGGAGGGUUUUGAUAUGGAGAAGUACCUUGAAAUGGAGAGACAAAUAAGGUGUCCCCUGGGAAGUGACUGCACUGAAGCUGCUACCAGAGCGAUAUUCGGAAAAAUCGAGAGGGGGAUGCAGGACGGGCAGGAUGAGAUGGUCAGCCACGGCCAGCUCCUCAAUGAAUUGCUGGAGAGUGGCGUCAAGCGCAUGGAGGCGGAGGUACUCGUGCAGAAGCUGGACGACAUCAGCUUGGUGAUGGUUGUCCGGGGCAAGACCUACCUCAACCACGAGAAGCCAAGUGACAGGCAGUCGCAGGGUUAA